AUGCUCCAUACCGCUCAUCGUGAACGUAGGAACUUGGACAAUACUAGGAAAAUAGGAAUCGGCUUCAACGGCUACUUCACUCUAACCAACACAACAAAACACACACACGGUCAAGCUUUCGACAGCAACCCAGUUUCAUUCACAAACUCAUCAACAAACAUCACAACAUCUUUCUCAAUCAACUUCUUCUUCGCGAUAGUCCCUGAGCAUAACCAUCAAGGCUCACACGGUAUGGCUUUCGUUAUCUCUCCCACAAGAGGCCUACCCGGUGCUUCCUCCGAUCAGUACUUAGGAAUAUUCAACGAAACAAACAACGGUAAAGAUUCUAACAACGUGAUAGCUAUCGAGUUAGAUAUACAUAAAGAUGAGGAGUUUGGUGAUAUCGAUGAUAAUCAUGUUGGGGUUAAUAUUAAUGGUAUGAGAUCUGUUGCCUCUGCUUCUGCUGGUUACUAUGAUGAUAAAGAUGGAAAGUUUAAGAAUCUUUCUUUAAUUAGUAGAAAUGUAAUGAGGCUUUCUAUAGUUUAUAGUCAACUUGAUAAGCAGCUUAACGUUACUCUAUUCCCUGCUAACAUCUCUGUUCCGCCUCGAAAACCGAUGUUCUCGUUGAGCAAAGACCUCUCUCCUUAUCUACUAAAGGAGAAGAUGUAUAUUGGAUUCACUGCGUCGACUGGUUCAGUUGGUGCAAUCCAUUACAUGCUGGGUUGGUUCAUCAAUGGAGAAAUCGAGUUUCCGAGGUUAGAUUUUGGUAUGCUACCAAUCCUUCCACUAUAUCCGAAGAAAUCAUCUCAAAGAACAAAGACUAUUCUAGCUGUCUGUUUAACUGUCUCCGUAAUCGCUGCGUUUAUCGCCUCGUGGAUCGGUAUCAUCUUUUACUUGAGGCACAAGAAAGUUAAAGAAGUUCUUGAGGAAUGGGAGAUUCAGUAUGGACCUCAUAGGUUUUCUUAUAAAGAGCUUUUCAACGCCACAAAGGGUUUCAAGGAGAAACAACUUCUCGGAAGAGGAGGUUUUGGUCAAGUCUAUAAUGGCGCUCUCCCGGGUUCCGAUGCAGAGAUAGCUGUGAAACGGACUUCUCAUGAUUCAAGACAAGGUAUGAGCGAGUUUCUAGCUGAGAUCUCGACCAUUGGUAGGCUUAGACAUCCAAAUCUAGUAAGGCUUUUGGGGUAUUGUAGACAUAAAGAAGAUCUCUACUUGGUUUAUGACUUCAUGCCUAAUGGUAGCCUUGACAAGGGACAUCUUGAGCUUGUUUUGAAGCUUGGUGUGUUGUGUUCGCAUCAAGCUGCAUCGGUUAGACCAGCUAUGAGUGCUGUUAUGAGGAUAUUGGAUGGUGUUUCGGAGCUUCCGGAUAAUCUUCUUGAUGUGGUGAGGGAUGAGAAGUUGAGAGGAUGGCCUGAGAAACCAAUGGAACUGCUUUUUGAUGUGAGCUCAUCGGGUACAUCAACGUAUACAGAUUCUUUAGUCUCACAUGGACGUUGAAAAUUGAAAUUUGCCAAAUGGUAGUUGAUUCUUUGGUUAGAGCUCAUUCUCCUUUCUUUUUGUCAGGAUACAAGUAGAAUACACAAUACUCUUCUAUAUUAUCUGGUCUCAUUUGUAAAUAAACAAUUUAAUAUUUGAUUAAUUACUUGAUCAGAUCAAGAGAUUUUAUUGUGGUCGAUAGCUCCUUCUAUAUAAAAUUUCACAAGGAAUCUUUGAACG